CAGCCUGUUCUCCUCAGCAACCAUUUUCGGUCAGGACGAAAUAUUCUGCGCGUCCUGUUGCAAGUGGGGGGCCCCGCUUUCGCCCGGUGGGGCCCGCUCAGGGGCACGGCCUGGAGGAGGGAGGGGGCGCCUGCCCCUGCCCCGCCGCAGCCGGGAGGAGGCGGAGGCGGCGGAGCGGAGGCGUGGUGGACGGCGAGCCCCUUUCGCCUGCAGCCGGCUGCUGUGCGCGCCGACCAUGCCAGGAGCGCCUCAGCAGGAACAGCAGCCACCGCCGCCGCCUGCGUUUCCUCCCCGGCAGCAGCAGAGCCCCGGUGCCGCUGGAGCCGCCGGCCGCCCCUCGCCAUGCCCGGGCUGCGCUGCCGCUGCCUCUGCUUGAUGGUGGCCGCUCUAGUGGGGCUCUCGGGGGCCAACAGGAACUGCCCGGACCUGGUCGUUGACAGCUGCCUCUGCGCCGCCGAGCGCUUCAAGGGACCCGACCGGCAAACCGUCCGCAUCAAAGUUGUCUGCAGUGGCGGAGAGUUGGUGGAAACUUUGCAGCCGUCUUUGCUCCCCAACCGGACCGUGUCCCUCAUCCUGAGUAAUAACAAGAUCUUAUGGUUAAAGAACAACUCUUUCAUUGGACUGAGAUCCCUAGAGAGACUAGAUCUGAAGAAUAACUUGAUUAGUACUAUUGAGCCUGGGGCCUUCUAUGGACUUUCAGAACUGAAGCGUCUGGAUCUUUCUAAUAAUAGAAUUGGUUGCUUAACACCUGACAUAUUUGUAGGCCUUAAAAAUCUUCACAAAUUGAAUUUAUCAGGGAACAUUUUUUCAAGUCUCAUGAAUGGACUUUUUUCUGAGCUCUUAGCUUUGAAAGCCUUACAUUUCUACACCGAUUCACUGAUCUGUGAUUGUAAUCUCAGAUGGGUCUUACACUGGGCCAGAAAUGCCUCAGUUCGGAUCUCAGAAGAAACAGUUUGUGCAUAUCCCAAAAGUUUACAAGGAGCUGUAUUUCGGAACCUGAAGGAAAAUCAGCUAACAUGUGCUGGACCUUUGGAGCUUCCUCUCUUUGAGCUGAUACCAUCACAGAGACAGGUGGUUUUUCAUGGCGAUCGCUUGCCCUUUCAGUGUACAGCAACAUUCCUUGAUAACACGACGCAAGUUCAUUGGUAUCAUGAUGGUCGCCUGGUUGAAACGGACGAUGAGAGAGGCGUGUUUGUGGAAGAGAGUAUAAUACAUGACUGUUGUUUAAUCACACGUGAACUUGUCUUGUCGAGCAUUGAUACUGAUGCGACUGGAAUGUGGGAAUGCAUGGUGAACAACUCUUAUGGAAGUAUCGCCAAGCAAGUAGAAAUCAUGGUACUGGAAACAGCUGUACCCUUCUGCCCUGCUGAAAGGAUAAUCAACAAUAAAGGAGAUUUCAGGUGGCCCAAGACUGUGGCAGGAAUAAUUGCUUACCACUCAUGUCUUCAAUAUUCACUCAAUUCAGUUUCCCUUCCGAAUGGAGCAGAAGAGCCAAAAGCAUGGCGUAAGUGUAAUCGCACUGGUCGGUGGGCUGAAGAAAGCUAUUCUGAAUGUCCUUAUUCUCAAGAAGCAACUCAAGUCCUUCAUGGCUUUAGUCAGAUGCAUCUUAAUGCUACCAAUGCACUUGAAUUUUCACACCAGCUUGCAGCCUACACAAGAGGUGCUGCCAAGUUUGCAGAUAAGAUGGAUGUUAUCUAUUUGGCAUACAUGCUGGAAAAGCUAACCGCAUAUGUGGAUGAAGUUCAAGAUCUUUCUGAUGCUAUUGUUGAAAUUGCCAGCAAUGUAAUGCUGGUAAAUGACCGUGCGUUAUGGAUUGCACAAAAGGAAAAUAAAGCUUGCACUAGGAUUGUACAGUGUGUGGAGCGCCUGGCAAAUCAAACACUGACCAGUGAUACACAAGCUGUAGCAAAGGUUUCUCUUAAUAUUGCUCUGGAGGCAUUUGUGAUCAAACCAUCUAGCUUUGUGGGGAUGACUUGCACUGCCUUCCAGAAAAUACCUGCAAAUUUCGACAGGUCACUGACGGGUGACACAGGGACCAGGAGCCAAGAGCAACAGUUGAAUUUUAAGUGCAAUGCUGGCAGUCACAGUGGCUCUGUGGUGAAUUUCUCUACCAUGAAUGCUGUGGCAGUAGCUUCAGUUUAUUUGCCACGGUCUGCCUUCUCUCCGUCGUCAGCCUUGCAAUCUGUUGAUAACUCCUCUUGCAAGCUGCAGUUUAUUGCCUUUCGGAAUGGAAAACUCUUUCCUAGCACUGGCAACUCAUCUCACCUUGCAGAUGAUGGGAAGUAUAGGACAAUCGGAACCCCAGUCAUCUUUGUUAAUAUAGAUGGGUGCAGUAUUGCAAACCUCACCAGCCCUCUCACUAUAGCACUGAAGCACUUUAAACAGGGCAUAAACCCCAUUGCAGUCUUCUGGGAUUUUGACCUUCUGGAUGGUGGACAUGGAGGCUGGUGGGGAGAAGGGUGCAACAUAAUUAGCUCUGCGGACAAUAUUACCACCCUUCAUAGUACUCACUUCGGUAACUUUGCAGUGCUAAUGGAUCUGAAGACAGUGUUGACCCUUCCCCAGUAUCCUGGGGAAUUCCUACACCCUGUGGUCUAUGCAUGUACUGCUGUCAUGCUGUUGUGCCUGUUUGCUUCAAUUAUCACCUAUAUCGUGCAUCACAGCACCAUUCGAAUCAGCAGAAAAGGCUGGCACAUGCUUCUCAACUUCUGUUUCCAUACUGCUCUCACUUUUGCUGUUUUCGCUGGUGGAAUAAAUCGUGUAAAAUAUCCAAUUGUCUGUCAAGCGGUUGGCAUAGUAUUACAUUAUUCUACACUCUCUACUAUGCUGUGGAUUGGAGUGACUGCAAGGAAUAUAUAUAAGCAAGUCACAAAAAAGCCUCAGACUUCCCCAAACAGCGACCAGCCUUCUUACCCAAAACAGCCAUUGCUCAGGUUUUAUCUGAUUAGUGGAGGCGUUCCAUUUAUUAUUUGUGGAAUUACAGCAGCAACCAACAUCAAUAAUUAUGGGAUAGAAGGCAAAGCUGAUACCCAAUAUUGUUGGAUGGCAUGGGAGCCAAGUCUUGGGGCAUUUUAUGGACCAGUCGCAUUCAUCUUCCUGGUCACCUGCAUUUAUUUCCUGUGCACGUACGUGCAGUUGAGGCGUCACCCAGAACGCAAGUAUGAAUUGAAGGAAAGGACAGAAGAUCAGCAGAGGCUAGCAAGUCCUGAGGUGGGCCAUAGUCACGUUACAGAUGCCGCAUCAGUCUCCCAAGCUACAUGCUCAAUGAUUUCCUCUUCCUUGCUGGAAAAUGAGCAUUCAUUUAAGGCUCAGCUUCGAGCUGCAGCCUUCACUUUGUUCCUGUUUACCGCCACUUGGACCUUUGGCGCACUUGCCAUUUCCCAGGGACAUUUCUUGGAUAUGAUCUUUAGCUGUCUAUAUGGAGCAUUUUGUGUGACUUUAGGGCUCUUUAUCCUGAUUCAUCACUGUGCAAAACGAGAUGAUGUAUGGCAUUGCUGGUGGUCCUGUUGCCCGUCUAGGAGAAACACAUACUCGGUGCAAGUUAACGUUCGUCCAAAGGUUAACGUCAAUGGAGAAAACCAGGUUCAUGCACCAUGUCUCCAGGAGUCACCUUGUCCUACUAAACCGGCUGUUUUUAAUCACCCAGCUGCCAGUCACUGCAAACUUACUAAUCUGCAGGCUGUUCAAAAUCAUGUCAACUGCCUUUCUCCAGUUACACCAUGCUGUGCAAAAAUGCACUGUGAUCAACUCCUGGAAGAUGAUUCUCAUAUUCACGUACACAACGAGGGGACUUUCAGACCCAACAUGCACAUUCAUAGAUGUCUGAAAAGCAGAACUAAGCCACGCUACUUCAGCCGACACCGAUCUGCAGCAGACAGAGAGUAUGCUUACCACAUUCCCUCCAGUAUUGAUGGCAGCAUCCACAGUUCACACACAGACAGUCCACACAGCACACAUGACAGUCAGUCAGGGCACAGGCGGCCAUGUUGUGCAAAAAACGAUCCAUACUCAACCCUCAGCCAGCCUGAAAGCAGCGAUGUGAGUACUGUGAUCUACAGCUGUGCUAAAGUGCCCGAAAGUGACCCAAUGCACCAUGCAGCUCACUUUGAGAUGCAUCCACGGACACAGUCCUUGCCCUUUAGCACAACAAGCCACAAUGGGAUUCUCAAGGGAACCGUGCAUGACGCCAUGAUCUAUGGUUCCGAUAGUACAGGAAAUAUCAAAACUGGCCCUUGGAAGAAUGAAACUACUGUGUAGUUGGUGGGCCGCUCUUGUCCUCUCGCAACUUAACCCAUCUUAAUCUGCGUGUCCCUUCUAAAAAGAGUGAGAUACAUAUUUAUGUAGCACAUGAGUAAAUUGUACAACUUUGAUUUUUUUUUUUAAUGAGAAGAGGCUUUUAGAAAGCAGCAGCAGUCUUUUAAAAAAAGGAUGGUGGACCAUGGGUCUGGGGGGAGGACAAAAAUCUCAAAAGAUAAUCGAGAGGACUGGAUGUGAGGCAAUGUCCUUUUGUUAUGACACAGUAUAUUCCUUUUUUCCUUUUAAUUUUGUUCGUUCUACAUUGUCAAACACUUUUAUGCAUAUCAAUGUCACAGCCUUUCCUGAUUUUUAACGGCAAAAUGUUGUUAUUGUUGUUGUUGUUCCACUGAUCCUGAAAGUUACAGUAGCAGAAAGAUGAGGAUUUUCUAAACAGAAUAACGCAGCUUUUCAGACCCAAAAGUGAUACUGCCUCUAAAGACCUUCUGUAGCGUAUGGCUUGUAAAAUCUUGUCGUGUACGUCACUGUUACACCUCUCUUCAGGCAGAGAGAAGUGCUAGGUAGCAUCCCUGUUAACAUUUCUGGUGCUGUACUGGUCGUACAUUUUUGGCAUGGCACAUCUCAAGAGAACACCAUUGGCUGUCUUCUAGUGUUAUUUCUGUAAAAUGGGGGAAAAAAUGUACACGGCUGUGAUCAUUCCUGCUGGUAUUAAUCUAGAACAUUUCGAAUCUACAAAAAAAAAGAGGGGGAAAUCUCCUGCACUAUUUUAAGUGGCACAAUCCCUUGUAUGAGGUUAUAUGAUAGCUUUGAUAAGGGCCCACUCUAAUGUCUCUACUGAGCAUGCACUAUUCAUUGUCUGUGGCACUGUGCAGUGUAAUAGCAGCUGUUUCCACCACUUUCGCCCCUCUGUAAGUAUGCCUUUUGGAACCAAACUGUAAGCUGCCUGGUAAUCAUUUUUAAUUAUUUUUAGAUAACAAAAAAUGAGCUAUCUUUAACUCUUUGAGGACUACUGAACAAAUAGCCUAGGGCACAAUCCAGGCCUAGUUAAACCCUUUUCUGAGCCCCUGGAUUUUUAUGGGAAAACAGUCUGCUUCAGUUUUCCCCCACAUACAACAAGCUCAGUGGGACUUAAAAGUACUAAACUUGGGCUGGACCAUACCCUUGUCCUAGUUCUGGGGUGGGAGACUUUUAUAUGCAGGUUAUUACAUUACAUAGUAAUGAUAAUACCAAGGUUGUCUGCAGUAUUCAGAAAAGGGAAGGCUACAUCACUUUAAAGAAGCAUACGUUUUAAUAUAUUUCUAUGUAUUUGUGAACACUUUAAUUUUAGGUGAAAUCCCCUUUUUCUCCCAUGCCCUGGAAUCCUCUCCCCAAGCACAUUUGAGAUUGUCUUUAUUCUUCAAUGCAAAUUUGACCUUCAGAAGCAUUACUUUUUGUUGAUUUAUUCUGCUCAGCUCCGGGACAUUGCUAGGGUCAAUAACAUUCUCUAUUCAUAAUGCUUUGGGCAAGCUUUUUGGGUUUUUUUUAAUUUUAGAGAUACCCAUGAACAUCUGGACACAAAGCACCAACUCACAGGGAAAAUAUAGAAUUAUAAUUACCCGUAUUUACUUUUUUAAAAAAACCUAAAAGAGUUGCUUGAAUACUGGAAGAGGGGGGAAAUGUCUAUAGUGAAAGAGAGCAGUAUUUCUACAUGUUAAAAGAACAAGCACAAGGUUAUAUGGUUAUUAAUGGCAGAUGUAUAGCCAUUUAAGUAAUGAUGUUACUUAAAAACUAGUCAAUUCCUAGGAUGGAACAUUCACUUUGUAGGGGGUUAUUUUGUCAUGAUACUUACAUAGUUCAAGUCAUUAUGUGUUUCUUUUAUCAGCUUGUUAUGAAUCCCUCCAUUUAUGAUCUGUAUGAAUCUCUUUCCUUAUGAGUGUACAUAACAGAUUAUUAUGAUCCUUGUUGGAAUGUUAUAAAUAUAUAUACUUGUCAGAUGAAUGUGUUCUGCAGUGUUUGCAGGUGGGAAUUAGUACUCAAAGGGUUAAUGCUCAGUAUCUGAGUGCGAGGAAUUUUUUUUGUGUAUUUUUAUAAAGUUCAAAUAUAUAUAUAUUGUGAAUUACAGCAGAUAAUAUAUCCAUUGUGCGUAUGUGUGCGUGCGUGUUAUGUGUGUCUUUCCAAGGUGAACAAAGCAGAAAUGCACUAGAUGGGUGUUUUGAAUUUUGAACCGUGUUCCGCCUUUACAUGAUGGCUUCUUUUAGAUGAUGCAAAAAGGGAAAAAAAUACCCUGAGCUUUAUUCUGUAUAUACUGUAUAUGCUUGAACUGUCUCAGAACUAAAAUAUAGUAUUUUGCAUUGUGUGCAUAAUAUAUUUUCUUUUUUCAUCCUUCUUUUUCAUGUAUAUGUUAUGGUCAUUCCACAAUAUCAGUGCAACUAUAUAGGCAUAGGUAUAAUGUUAAAUGCCAGAUCUCUGUAUCUCAGCGAUAUUUAUAAUAAUAUGUAAUAGCUAAGUCUUAGAAGGUCUCUAGAAUUAUGCAAAUUAGUCCACACACACUAAGGUCCAAGUGAAAUGGUCACUUUUCGGGGACACAGUCGUCAAAGUUCUCCAGCUUGUGUUUCUCUUGCCACUGUUGUUCUGUCUGACACACAUAAAAAGAGAUACUUAAAUGGGUGCUGCUUUCCACAGAAGAUCUUCUGUUCUACACCUUUCCUGAAGACUAAUGUUCAGUAUUGAAACACCUUUCAUAUGUUGUGUCUGAAUAUUGUUUGCAAAUAAUCCCGGGCUAAUUUGAGGGGGAAAGAUGUUAUGCAAUAAUCUGUUUGCAUUUUUUUUUAGAAAAUAUACAGUAUAAUUGCAGAGUAGGAGAACAUGAUGUUAAAUAAAUUCAAAAUGUUUUGUAACAUCAGAUGUGACCCAAAUUUAUUUGUGCUUUUGACUUUUUUAAGAUAGAAGAGAUCGUUUUAAGUGGUCCAUAGAUAAUGUGAAGUCUGUUUGAUAUAUUCAUUUGCUGAGUGUAGGAUUUGGAUACACAGCAUUCCAGUCAAACAGCAUUAUGUGAAUGAUUCCAGGAGGAAUAACAUGAGGGUCUACACAGAAGUACGUCCUAGUUGAUUCAACAGGGUGUACUCCCUGAAAGUGUUCUUCGGAUGGAAACCUACGUGUGCAUAUUCUUAGCUGAACACACAACAAAUCAUCACUUGGGGUUAUAUAUAUAUGUAAGUGUGACAGACUCAUAAAGUUACUAACACUCAGGCCUACCACCUUGAGCAUUUGGGACCCUAGAUUACAUUACAAUAAUGGUAUUCAGGUCCACCACAUAGGACCAUCCUUGCAUACAGACUUAAUCUUUGUGGACAAAGGACAAGCUGGUUUAGGGCAGGUUAGGUAUUUGUCAUGGAAGUUCAGACCCAUUACCAGGUCCUUGAUGGAAAUGAAAUAUGGCUCUGAUUGGUAAAAAUAGUCUCUGACAUCACAGAUGGGGAUUUGCAUGGAACUGAAGAAAUCUGCUUGUCAGUCUGUGUAAGGAGGCUGGCUUAGAUCCAACUCCAUUUUGCUAAAUAUCUGUACAUCUGAGAUUUUCCUUUAUUUUCAGUUUUCAGUCUUCUGUGAAAAUUGGGUCCACAAGAGGUUGAGUAGGGGUUAAGAACUUCAACUUCUUGUUACCACAAGAAACUCUGCACAGGCUCAGAGGAACUAGCUAUACCGUAGGUAAUGUGUUUGGCUUAGUUCAGCUGAAUUGCUUUUCAUUUGAAUCUCCUUGUUGCUGCUGUUGUGUCCUUUGCCCUGUAUUUUGCCUCUUUCCACCCCUUUUUGAAUCCAACCACUCAUUUCCCUUUUGUUUUCUCUUUCAUUAAAAUAAACCUUUUUAUAAAGA